AUGAGACACUUUGAUGAGUUAAUCUCAUAUUCUGAGGCAAUUGAUCUUCCUUUGCAAGGUAGGAAAUUCACCUGGUAUAGGGCUGGAGGCGACUCCAUGAGCCGCCUUGAUAGAAUUCUAAUUUCAGAGGUUUGGCUUUCCUCGUGGUCGGAUUCGUCUCAGUGGGGCCUUGAUAGGGAUAUGCCUGAUCACUGUCCUCCUCCAUUGAAAGAAAUGGUUCGCGAUUGGGGUCCCAAACCCUUUAGAAUGUUGAAAUGUUGGAAGGAACUUCUUGACGGAUACAGCGAGAUGGUAAAAGAUCUGUGGACUAGUUCGAAGUUUGAAUGGCUGCUAGUGGGGGCGAAUCCAAGGUAUGCGUCAACAUGGGAACCAGUUAUUGAGAAGGAAAAUGGUGGGCUUGGCAUAAAAAACAUCAAAACCUUUAACUUAACACUCUUAGGAAAAUGGAUGCGAAUAAUGUGGGCAGAGCGAGAAAAUUUGUGGUAUCAAAUACUCAAGACUAAGUAUGGACAAGAGAAUAGGAGAAUAAAGUCGAGUGGUAGAAACACAUCAAGGUGGUUGAAGGACAUUGAGGAAGUAGGAAAUUUAGGAGGAUAA